CCCGGCUGCUUGUGUGACAGUCGAUUCAGUCUCUCCGUUGUUACCGGACAGAUCAUCAUGUCUGACCCGUGCUCCUUCUCCUCCUUCACCAGGUGCGUCACCAAACACCUGAACCUGAGCCUGCACGUGGACUUCGACAGAAACGUCAUCAGGGGAAAGGUGGAGCUCACCGUGGAGGCUCUGGAGGACCGUUUCUCUGCUCUGACUUUGGACACCAGAGACCUGAAGAUCAUCUCCGUGUCAGCCAAUGGGCAGGCAGCAUGCUUCAAUCUGUCCCCCAAACACAGCUUCAAGGGGACACCGCUGGAAAUCACACUGCCCUUUGACCUGUCCAGAGGGCAGCAUGUGAUCGUGGAGGUGACCUAUGAGACAUCUCCGUCUGCGACGGCUCUGCAGUGGCUCACACCUGCACAGACUGCUGGGAAGAAACAUCCUUACCUGUUCAGCCAGUGCCAGGCUCAUCACUGCAGGAGUAUGGUCCCCUGUCAGGACAGUCCGUCUAUCAAACACACCUACUACGCUCAAGUGUCUGUACCUAAGGACCUGGUGGCUGUGAUGAGUGCAGUGAGAGACGGACAGGAAGUGGAUCCUCAGGACAACAGUCGGAUCAUCUACAGGUUCAGACAGCCGGUGGCCAUGCCUUCCUACCUGAUAGCGAUCGUUGUUGGAGCUCUGGAGAGCAGGAAGAUCGGUCCGAGGUCCAGAGUGUGGUCUGAGGAAGGUGUUGUGGAUAAAGCGGAGAAAGAGUUUUCUGAGACCGAGAACAUGUUGAAGACGGCUGAGGACCUGGCUGGACCGUACGUUUGGGGUCAGUAUGACAUCCUGGUUCUUCCUCCAUCUUUCCCUUAUGGAGGAAUGGAGAACCCCUGUCUGACCUUUGCCACCCCCACACUGCUGGCAGGAGACAAAUCUCUGUCUAAUGUGAUCGCUCACGAGAUCGCCCACAGCUGGACCGGUAAUCUGGUGACCAACAAGACCUGGGAACAUUUCUGGUUGAACGAGGGUCACACAGUGUACCUGGAGAGGAUGAUUGGCAGGUGUAUGGAGAGUGAACAGUUCAGACAGUUUAAAGCUAUGGGGGGCUGGAAGGACCUGCAGGAAUCCGUGUACACAUUUGGGGCCAACAACCCUCUGACUAACCUGGUCCCCAGUCUGCAGGACGUUGACCCGGACGAUGCCUUCUCCUCUGUUCCCUAUGAGAAAGGCUUUGCUCUGCUGUAUCACCUGGAGGAGCUGCUGGGAGGCCCAGAGGUGUUUAUGGGUUUUGUGAAGUCGUACAUCCAGAUGUUUGCCUACAGCAGCGUCACUACAGAGGACUGGAAGAACUAUCUGUUCACCUACUUUAAAGAUAAGGUGGACAUCCUGAACAAGGUGGACUGGAACGCCUGGAUGUUCACUCCUGGGAUGCCUCCUGUCAAACCUCAGUACGACACCACACUGGCUGACGCCUGUAUCGCUCUGUGCCAGAGGUGGAUCAAGGCCAAAGACCAGGACUUGAGCAGCUUCAAAGAGUGCGAUGUGAAGACACUGUCGUCCCACCAGCUGAUUGAGUUCCUGUCCCUCCUGCUUCAGGAGGUUCCUCUCCCUCUGACUCAUGUGAAGAAGAUGCAGGAGGUUUAUAAUCUCAAUGCCUGUAUGAACUCAGAGAUCCGCUCCAGGUGGCUGAGGUUGUGUGUUCGAUCCAAGUGGGAGGAAGCAGUUCCCCUGGCACUGAAGAUGGCGACAGAACAGGGCAGGAUGAAGUUCACAAGGCCACUCUUCAGAGAGGUCUUUAACUUUGACAAGUAUCGUGAUGAAGCAGUUCGAGUGUUUCUGGCUAACCGAGCAGCAAUGCACUAUGUCACCGCUGGAUUGGUCGCCAAAGACCUGAAGGUGGACGUCACCAAAACCACCAGUCUGUAAAACCAGUCAGAAACCAGUAUUAAUACACACAGCAACAGUAUCAGCAACCAAUCAAAGCUCUUUCCUCCUUCUCACCUGUUUUUCUCUUAGACUUUAUCAGUAAUGACUCUGUCUCCAUGAUGUUCCAUCUCAGGGCAGAAAAGAGGAAAAGCUUUUAUAAAGAAAUAAAAUCUGUCCAAAGUGAA